UCCACCAAUGACCAGCUAAAAAAAACACGCCCCACUGCUCCGACUCAGAUCCGCGGGGGUGGGGAGUCAACAAGUUUGGAUUCGGGACUUCGGAAAAACCAUGGGAUUCGAGCUGGACCGCUUCAAGGGCACCGUGGACCCGGACUUUAAAUGCAACUUGUGCAAUAAAGUCCUGGAGGACCCGCUGACGACUCCGUGCGGCCACGUCUUCUGCUCCGGCUGCGUGCUGCCCUGGGUCGUCCAGCAGAGCAGCUGCCCCGUCAAAUGUCAACGGGUCUCCGCUAAGGAGCUGAACCACGUCCUGCCCCUGAAGAACCUCAUCCUGAAGCUGGAGAUCAAAUGUGACAACCACGCGCGGGGCUGCGAUGCCGUGGUGAGGCUGCAGCAUCUGGCCGAGCACGCCGAGAUGUGCGACUACGCGCCGGCCAAGUGCAGGAAUCGGGGAUGCGGCGAGGUGCUCAACCCCGGGGACGUGGACGCCCACAUGCGGGAGACGUGCGACUGCCGACCGGUGGGGACCUGCGAGAGCGGCUGCGGCUUGACGCUCACCCACCGGGAGCAGAAGUCCGACGGCCACUGCUGCCUGAGAGCCCUGAAGGCGCACAACGGCGCGCUGCACUGCAAAGUCAUCAGCCUGGACCGGGAGUUCAAGAAGCAGACGAUUAAAGCCAACAAGAGGGAGAAGGCUCUCCUGGCGCAGCUCUCCGCCGUGCACGGCGAGCUGCAGAUGACAGCUCUGAAAUACCAGAAGAAAUUCACCGAGUACAGCGAGAGGAUCGACUCCCUCACCAAAACCGUGGCUUUUUCCUGCAAGGAAGGCGAGACUCAAAGCGCGACGGUCGUCCUUCUUCGUGAGGGCGGAUCUCUGGGUUUUAACAUCGUAGGAGGAAGGCCAUGCGCGGACGACAGCGACGGCACUUCGAAUGAGGGGAUCUUUGUAUCCAAGGUCAUCGAGGAAGGUCCGGCGGAUAAGGAAGACGGCCUUCAAAUCCACGACAGAAUAAUAGAGUGCUCGGCCAGAGAAAAUAAGCGGCAGGGCUCCGGAGAAGCCCAGGGACCACCGGCGGAGAGCACGGCGCCACGUGCCAAGGUCAACGGCCAAGGUGUCAAUAAAGACACCCUUUACGCGCCGCUAACAGAGGGGCGCUUUGAUAAGAACCCCAGCAAACAUUACAAGUCCGUGGCUGCCGCUCUCGGGGCGGGGGGAGGGCGAGAGGGCCUGGCAGUGAUACCUCGCCGUUCGAAAGGGGAGCUCUACAUCAGCCGUCAAUUUGGCGCGAGCAAAAUAAACCCGAUCCGUGUCGCCCUCACCGCCACGCUCCGAGGGCGCGGGCGCGGGAGCGUCGGAGCAUUGAACGUCGGCGGAAACCAAUAG